UAAUCUAUCCUGCUCUAGCCAGCCUCAUAGGCUUAUAUACUCUUUUUCUAUAUUUCAUGGAAAUAUGUGGCAUAUUCUUUUACUAGACCAUGCCAUUUGCUUGCACAGAAAUGAAGUUCAGGGCCUGCUCCACUGUAUCAAUUAUUAGUCAAAAAAUGGAGUCUGUCAUUGUACUUCUGUGCACUUCGAUGGGAACAUUGGAACCUGAUUGAACAACCCUUGCUAGUUGCUGCUUAGAUGAAUUAUACUUGUAAAUAUAAAACCUUCGAAGUCAUGAUUCAGCAAACAAUUUCUUAAGCUUGAGUAUAAUAUAUUUCAUUACUUAUAGCAGUUCUGGACAUGGUACAGAUACUUUAAUCGUGCAUGUGUAAGCAAGAGCAAUGUAUCCCUCAUAGGGAGGCAGGCCAAGCUGGACAGAUGGCUAUUGUCACCGUUCUUGUAUCAGUGGAGACGGUCUAACACCAUUCAUGCGUUGAAUGUAUCAUAGCCAUUGUGAAUAUCUUAUGUUAUGAUACAGAAAUUGAAAAUUAUCGACAAUGAGUUGGAGACCUAGUGAUGAGGAGACAUUUCUUAAACAAUACUGACAUGGUGGUUACAAUUCAAUCGAAAUCAUGUUGUUACUAACAAUUUGCACGAGGAUGAGAUUCCUCUUGUCUCCCUCUCCCUGAAAUAUAUAACGAGCAGAUGCCAAGGAAGGAAGGCAGAUUGCUUGGCUAAUUCACUCUGACAAAAGAUAGGUCUUAUCUUUUCUGAGAAAGGAAAAAUGGAUUCCUCUGCUUCAAACCCAAAAACCUCUUACCAUGCUCGCUCUAACAGCUUGCCUUCAAGACCACACCCUCUCAUUGCACAAGUCAAUGAACAUCUAUGCAGAUUGAGGGCUUCUGAAGGUACUUCAUCAUCAUCAUCUAUGAGCCACAACAUAGUUGGCCUUCAAGAUUUGCAUGAUUGCGGGGACAAGUUGCUUCUGUUGCCACUCAGUACACAAUCUUUAGCCCAGCAGCAGCAUGAGAAAUGGGUGAACGAGCUAUUAGAUGGAUCUCUUCGGCUCCUGGAUUUGUGUAACACUGCCAAGGAUGCUUUGUCGCAAACAAAGGAAUGUACACAAGAACUUCAAUCUAUUAUGCGAAGAAGACGAGGAGAAAGUAUGCUUGGGAGUGAGGUUCGGAAAUUCUUGAACUCUAGGAAGGUGGUGAAGAAGGCAAUCAACAAGGCCUUGGGGAACUUGAAGGGUGCAAAAGACAAAUGCACCUUCUCUCCCUCCGAGGCAGAGAAUGAGGCUGUGGCCUUGUUUAGCAUCUUGAGAGAGGCGGAAGCUUUCACUGUUACCGUGUUCGAGUCUUUGCUGUCCUUUAUAUCUGGACGAAACGCACAAUCAAAGCCAUGCAGAUGGUCUUUGGUUUCCAAGCUAAUGCGCAGCAAAAGGGUUGCUUGUGAGGAAGAAGAAACACAUGCAAACGAGUUCAGCAAGGUGGAUGCAGCCUUACUUUCAGUUUUCAUGACAAGUAAAUUUGAUAACAAGCAUGUUGAGAACUUGCAAAAUAAGCUCGAACAGUUGGAGAUGUGCACGCAAGAUUUUGAAGAUGGACUUGAGUGCCUGUUUAGGCGUUUGAUCAAAACCAGAGUUUCUCUUCUCAACGUCCUUAACCACUAGAUACUAGCUCUUCAUACUUGUACAUGAAACCGAUGAAAGGAAUAUACAUGUUUAUCUCUUCAAUACAAAAUUCAGUGCCUGUUGCAUAAAUUAUCGACCCUUAUUACUCCUUUUCACUUGAAAAUGAAACCAAUGUU